CUCUCUCCCCCCCCCGGUCCCCCCCGGCGCAGUCACCUCUUCUCCUUCUUCAUUUCAUUCGGGCCACGCUCCUUUAGGCGCCUGCUUCCUCUUCUUUGUGUGAUCUUUCUUCAGCGUCCUGGUUGUCGCUCCUUUUCUAUCCCUACCCGCCGCUUUAUCGAAAAGGAAGUCCACACACUCCGUCCCUCCUUUAAAGCCAAGCAAAACGUCACUUGGAUGACCUGGUCAUAUUGCUGUGCAAUAAUUGAAGAAAAAAAAAAGAAAAAGCAAAAAAUACAUUCCCAUUCCUUGACGACAACAUUGCAUCUCGUGUUACACCGCAGCUGGUUCCUGUUUUCGGAAACACAUUGUUGGGGUGGAUUCACUCUGCACACGCGCCACAGUCACCAGAGACGAUUCACACCGCAUCAACCCCCCACCUGCAGCUUGACUCCGGAGUUCUGCAAAAGUCCUCAUCGCUGGAGCAGAGAAUAAAAUUACUACUUCGACAACCCAGGGAAACUCCAGCUUGCGAUCUUGGAACUGAAUAGAGUUCAAUUGUCAAAAGUACCACCAUGUCGGGUUCCCAGUCCCUCAUGAGAGCGUUCACAAAGCGCCAGAAAAGGCCAAAGGUCUCUGCACCUAUGCCCUUCCGCGAAGGCCAGGUCAAAUUCGCCCCUGGAACCAUCGAUCGUUCGCGGAUCUCCCCUGCAAUCGAACUCAUCUCCUCCACCAAUGUCCUCGCUUACACCGCCCCGGAUCUACCCUCCACCAAAAGCCCAAACGGGCUCUCUUCCUCCUCGUCCUCCUCCUUUCGCUCUGCCGACGACUUGGAUGUGCCCAACUUCACCCCCAUCACCUCUCCUGCCACCUCGACCCGUGACGAGUCCCCAAUCUCCACCGAACCUAGUCUUCCUCCCUACUUCGAGUCGACGAAGCGACCAAAGCCAAGCGCCAGGUCUUCCGCCUCCUCGUCGCGAUCGAAGGAUGCUACGCCUCCAAUCCCGCAGCGCGCACUCUUGCACACGAAGUCACAGCCCAACCUUGGACGAGAAGGACCUCCGUCCAAGAUGACCCUUCCCCCGAUUUCUCUCAAUAACCCAGCCUCCUCUCGAGUGAACUACGAACCUUACAAUACUCUGCCGGAAUCGACGCACCCAUUCAUGAAGGAGCUGGAACAGGUCAACGAGGUGGCCGAGGAGUUCACUCGCGGAGUACGUGACGAGGAAGAGGAAAUUCUAUUGAACAAGGGAUUAAAGAAGUUUGCGGUGGAGGAUUAUAUUUUCGAAAUUCAAGAUCUGUAUCAGACCUAUUUCGGAGACGAGCUCGGUGAGCGGCAGCCUAUGGGCGGGGCAUGGAUCUGAUUCUCCCUUUGAUGCCCUCCAUACGCCAUCGCUCACAAAACAGUCGACUUACUACCAA